AUGGAUACUUCUCUGGACCCUCAAGAGUCUACGAGGUUCAUCGAGUCAUCCGGCCGGAUUCAUAUGCGAGCCUUCCAAGUGGCCAUUGGAGUAUUAACCGGCUUAGCACUUUGCUGCUUCAUCGGCCGAUUGGCUGUACGUCUUACGUACCAGAAGCGCCUAUAUCUGGACGAUGCGUUUUUAAUCAUCGCUGCUGCCUCUCUAUGUGCCGCCACGGGUAUUCUGUACCGUAUCUGUUAUUCCCUCUACCUGCAUUCGGCUGCUUUCCUAGUCCCUCAACCUCUGCCUUUCCUCUUUGCCAAUUAUGCCGAACUUAUCAACCUCCAGGGGUAUGGCUACCCGUUUUUGGCCUUGAUAUGGACAACGACUUUCGCAGUCAAGGGGUGCUUUCUAGCGUUCAUGCGCCCGCUUGUCUGGCAUAUAUCACGAAGGGUAAAUUGGUACUACUGGUUCAUAACGGUUUUCUGCAUAUUAUCUUGGGCGUUUGUCGUCUCAGAACCAUUCAUCGUGUGCCCGUAUUUUGGAUUAGAAGGAAGAGUGAAAUGCUUCAAUUGGACUAUAGAUGACAAAAAGACAUUGGGCCUUACUGCGCUUGUUACGGUCCUAGACAUUCUUUCUGAUCUGAUGGUCCUUAGUAUCCCCAUCAUCGUCCUCAGGGGCUCGUUUCUCAGCCGAUCCACUAAGUUCGGGUUGGCCAUAUUCCUCUGUCUCUCGAUAUUUAUGGUAAUUUGCGCCAUUGUCAGAAUUGCUGGCUUUCACUACAGGGGGCUUGAGGAUGACACCUGGGAGUUCUUCUGGCAACAUAAUGAAGGUGCAGUUUCAGUCAUGAUGGCAUCAAUUACGGCAUUUCGGACGCUUUUUGUCAAACAGGCAAAUAGCACCGAAGAUACAAUACCUCGCAGCCCGGUAGAGAGCCUUUUCCGUAAUUUCUUUAGGAGGUUCCAAUAUUUGGCUCGAGCACAGCCCAACGAGAAACCCACGUCAAGCCCAGACAUCCCAAUUCCCAAACUCCCUAGGAUACCGUCUCCGAUUUUCACCGGCUUGCGAACUUUCAUUCGUAGAAACAAUAGGACUGGCGUGAGCGCUGCUACGUUUGCUACCUUGGAUUCUGUAGGCGACGCUUCCGAGGCAGACUAUCACGCCACCCUCAAAAUACAGCACCGAGCCGACAGUGGCAGCAGCCUACCACAUGAUCAGUCGUUAGGCGCCGCCCAACCAGAUGUUAACAAGACCACUAGGUAG